UCACAAAAGUAAGAAACCGAAACGCGAGAACUAUGGCACUUGCUGGGCACCGCCUUAUCUCAAGCUCCUCAUCAUCCACUGUAACUGCCAUUUCAUCGUUCCCUCCAAAACCAAAACCCCCAAUUUCAAAUCACAACUUCUCCUCCAACCAUGAAAUUUCAAACUUCUUACGCAGUCGCAGAGACGUUGCUUUGCUCUCCUUCAUCGCUCUAAUUCCUUCUCUUUCGCGACCCGACCCGGCAUUCGGACUCUCCUUCGGCAUUUCAGGACCAAAGGAUUGGCUCCGAGAACAGAAGAAGAAGGCCUCCAGGUUCCUCUUGGCCCCAAUUGACGCCUCUAGAGAGAGCCUCCUCACUGCUCAUCGAAUACUCACGGCUACCGAUUCUAAUAGUACAAAUGAAGAAAUAGAGGAGGUUCAGAGACUAUUUAAAUCUGCUGCUCGGGAUUGCGUUCCAGACGACAGGAAUUCAUUUGUUGCAUUUCAAGCCAAUACAGGGGUUGAGGUUUGCACAUUCCGUCUGGUUGUAAAGAAUGCGGCGUCGUUGCUUGGUGAUAAGGAUCCUGUAAAAUUGGAAGCUGAAUCCAUGCUAAAUGAUCUUAUAAGAUCAUUCACUUCUCUUAAUGUUCUGGUAAAUGAGACUGACGUUCAAUUUGCCUCUGAAAGAAAGAAGGUUGCAGAUUCUCUCAUGGAUACCAUAUCAUCCCUAGACAAAUUUGAGCAGGGAAUUAAGGACUGCCUUGAAGCUUGACCAAUAUGUAUUUUGUUUUCCUUGCAGAACAAAACUAUCUUGUGGAUGUCAUGUUUGAAAUUCUGCAGACGCAUGUUUAUUCCAGAUUCAGAAAUCUCUCUUUGCUCUUUC